UAUUUCAAUGAAUCAUGGAGAAAAAUUCUUGAAAACAGAUUGUUGAAAAAUAUCAUACAUGUUAACGAAAUUACAAGAACAAAAUCAACAAUAAAUCCCAACAAAGUUGAAUAUUUUUCUGGAUGGAAAGACUUCUGGUGGAACGAGGACAAUCCAAAACAUCUGCUUCAUUUGUAUAAUCCGCUUAGGGUAAAAUUUAUAAAGGAUGGAUUGGCAAAUGCUGGUAUCAAAAUGUACGACUCAAAUCUUCCUUUGAAAGAAAUAAAAAUUCUUGACGUUGGCUGUGGCGGAGGUAUAUUGACCGAGAGUUUAGCUAAACUAGGCGCACAAAUAACUGGAAUAGACCCAUCAGCGGAAUUAAUAAAUGUCGCUAAAGAGCAUGUAAAAUUGAAUCCCAAUAUAUCACAAAGAAUCAAUUAUCUUCAGACAACCAUGGAAGAUUAUGUUCAAAAGGAGCGAGAAACAUAUGAUGCUGUUGUAACUUGUGAGGUUUUGCAAUAUGUAACAGAUCCACAACUAUUUUUAAAGGAAUGUGCGAGAAUGGUAAAACCUGGGAAAUCAAUCUUUGUGAUGACAAUAAACAAAACUUUUAUAUCUUGGCUGUCUAUUGUUAUGUUAUUUGAAUACGUUUUCGAACGUGUACCUCGCGGUACUUUUGAUUGGAAUAAAUUUGUGUCUCCACAAGAAGUUCAACGUAUAUUAGAGAAUUAUGGUUUUGAAGUGAAAUCGAUUGCUGGCGUAAAUGUUAAUCCACUGACAAAACGCUUUUCUUGGUCAAAAAAUACAUUUACAUUUUAUGAACUUCAUGCUAUCAAACAGAAAGAAACUGGACUAUAGAUGAUCUUCGGAAAGUUACAAGUUCAGAAAUUGUACUCUUUUUUGUUAUAAAAAUGCAAAAUAAUGUUAUACUCUUUAUCGUUUGUCAAUUGUGUAUUGUAAUACAUCAUAAUACUUGUUAAGAAUUAUCACAAUAUUUUGCAUGUAGUCAAAAUUUGUAAUAUAUAGAUUAAUAUUUUUUAAGAAAGCGAUAUCUAUAUUAAAAAUUAAUUAUAAGAAAGCUUUAUUAUAAAUAAAAACACUAUAAAAUCAAAAGUUUUACAAAUAUUCUGCAUAGGAGUGUAUGAAAAUUACGAAACCGGCAAAACCCAUCUUUGUAAUAACGAUAAACAGAACUUUCACAUCUUGGCUGUCUGCUCUCUAAAUGUCUUAAAGUGAUCAUUCACUCAAAAAUUGAGUAACUGGUCGAAUCAGCCGAGUUAGAAUGAUUUUUUAUUCAUAUGGAGUUAAUUCUCUCAUUUUUUGUCAUAGAAUAAAUUUUUAACUCUGCAAAAUAAAGUGAAACAUGUGUACUUUAUUAUAUAUUUUCACUUUAUGUAGUAAAUAUUUUUACUUUACAUAAUAUGGAGUAGAAUGUUUUCAUUCGUGUGAAGAGUGAAAAACAUAUGAAAUGCGCAGAAGUGUGAAACACGUUCGCGCUUAUUUGCGGCAAAAACCGAAACUGCGGCACAAGUCGGCUCGUUGUCUCGCGACGUUAACGUGUCUAGCGCGUGUUCGUGCUCGAUACGUAGUUUUGUGAAAGAUUUAUUUGUGGCAAACACCGAGACUAUGGCAUAAGUCGGCACGUUGUCUCCCGACAUUAACGUGUCUCGCGUAUGUCAAGACAGUUAUUGUGCAUUACUUAAAAACAAAGAAUUAAACCAUAAAAUAUUGUUUUAAAAUUAAGCCAUUCUGCUAAGGCCCUAUGAUAUGAACCUGUUCACUCGUAACAUAAAAGAGAAAUAUCUGAUUGUAAAUGAGAAAAAUAUUAGAUUUUGUCAUAACUUUCAAAUCAUAACUUUUUUCCUAAAAAAAUAAUAUUUCACGUCAUAUAAAAAACUCAAGUUUUACUCAAAGUUAAAAGUAAAAUCGUAUUCUAUAAUAAAAAAUAAAAAAGAAAAAUUAAAUUUUGAAGUGUAGGGAAUUGAAAGCCUCAAACCAUCAUCUGGAUACAUCCAUAAGUAUAAUUAUAAUAAGUCGCUCUUAUAAAAGUAUACUUUAUAAUUGUUUUUCCCUUUUUUUAAGAUGGUUUUUCAAUUAUCGGUAUAAAAUUUAAUCCAGUGACAAAACGAUAAUCUUGGUCAACAAA